AGGUGCGUGUGUGCUGAAGAAUGAAUUUUCAUUUGUGCUGACAGACAUCUGGGGCAUCAGGAGGCAUUGGUUAUCGAGAGGUCUGUCAGCCAUGUCCUGUAAAUAGUGACCUUGAACUAUUAACCUUAUUGUGCUAAAUAGGAUGGAAAUCUCAUUUAGGAAUCUAUUUGAAAGAGUUGUUUUAAGGCUUUGUUUCAUCAAGCUGAUUCGUGGAAGCUCGACUGACUUGCAAAAAAAAAAAAAUCUGAAUUUUAGUGUCAUUCUCGGCAGAUAUUUUCAUUUGAUGAGAAUGUGGUGCAGAGUGUGCCAGAGUAACGUCGGCCCUGCCGCAGAGUGACGUGGGCCCUGCCGCAGAGUGACGUGGGCCCUGCCGCAGAGUGACGUGGGCCCUGCCACAGAGUGACGUGGGCCCUGCCACAGAGUGACGUGGGCCCUGCCGCAGAGUAACGUUGAUAAACAACAGAGUACAGGGCGGCCUGUAGCAUUGUGGUUAAGGUCCAGACAGUACGCGCCUCCUCCCCAAACUCCUCAGUGAUGAGCGGCUCUCCACAGCGCAUCCAGAUCAUCUCCACCGACUCAGCUGUCUCCACCCCACAGCGCAUACAGAUUGUAACUGACCAGCAGACAGGUCAGAAGAUCCAGAUUGUUACGGCAGUGGACCCAUCCAGCACUUCCAAACAGCAGUUUAUUUUGGCUGCCCCAGAUGGGUCCAGUGCUGGCAAGGUGAUCCUGGCCUCCCCAGAGACACAGAAUGCCAAACAGCUUAUCUUUACCACAUCUGAUAGCCUUGUGCCUGGCCGAAUACAGAUCGUAACAGAUGCAGCGUCGGUGGAGCGGUUGCUGGGCAAGGCGGGGGACGUGGGGCGGCCCCAGCCUGUGGAGUACUGCGUGGUGUGCGGGGACAAGGCCUCAGGGCGGCACUACGGGGCCGUCAGCUGCGAAGGCUGCAAAGGCUUCUUCAAGAGGAGCGUCCGCAAGAACCUGACGUACAGCUGCCGCAGCAGCCAGGACUGCAUCGUCAACAAGCACCACCGUAACCGCUGCCAGUUCUGCCGGCUGAAGAAGUGUCUGGAGAUGGGCAUGAAGAUGGAGUCUGUGCAGAGUGAAAGGAAACCAAUCGAAUUGCCGAGAGAAAAGCCUGCCAACUGCGCCGCUUCCACAGAGAAAAUCUAUAUCAGGAAGGACCUGCGGAGUCCGCUCAUCGCCACGCCCACCUUCAUCACAGACAAAGACGGUUCCAGGUCUAGUCUCCUUGAUCCAGGAAUGCUGGUCAAUAUUCAGCAGCCGUUGAUACAAGCAGACGGAACAUUACUUUUAGCCACAGACACAAAGGCUGAAUCAAACCAAGGUGACCUGGGGACGCUAGCGAAUGUAGUGACCUCUCUGGCCAACCUGAAUGAGUCCCUGAACAAUGGCGAUACCUCAGAAGUCCAGCAGGAGGAGCAGUCUGCCAGCGAAAUAACACGUGCCUUUGACACCCUGGCCAAAGCCCUUAACCCCACAGACAGCAUCACAGGGCAGAACUUAGUGGAGGGUGUGGAUGGGGCAGGUGGAGCCACUAUCCAGGUGAUCAGUAGAGACCAGGCCACGCCCAUUAUUGAAGUGGAGGGACCGCUGCUCACAGACACUCAUGUUAGUUUUAAGCUAACGAUGCCCAGCCCCAUGCCAGAGUACCUGAAUGUGCACUACAUCUGCGAGUCUGCAUCUCGCCUGCUCUUCCUCUCCAUGCACUGGGCACGCUCCAUUCCAGCAUUCCAGGCACUUGGUCAGGACUGUAACACCAGUCUGGUGCGUGCCUGCUGGAACGAGCUGUUCACUCUCGGGCUGGCGCAGUGUGCGCAGGUCAUGAGCCUCUCCACCAUCCUGGCUGCCAUCGUAAACCAUCUGCAGAACAGCAUACAGGACGAUAAACUGUCAGGGGACCGGAUCAAACUGGUCAUGGAGCACAUCUGGAAGCUUCAAGAGUUUUGCAACAGCAUGGCCAAACUGGACACAGAUGGCUAUGAGUAUGCUUACCUGAAGGCCAUAGUGCUAUUCAGCCCAGAUCACCCAGGCCUGAGCAGUACCAGCCAGAUUGAGAAGUUUCAGGAGAAGGCCCAGAUGGAGUUGCAAGAUUAUGUUCAAAAGACUUACCCAGAUGACACCUACAGAUUGGCCCGGAUCCUGAUGCGUCUCCCAGCCCUUCGACUGAUGAGCUCCAACAUCACAGAGGAGCUGUUCUUCACAGGCCUGAUCGGGAACGUGCCCAUCGACAGCAUUAUCCCUUACAUCCUGAAGAUGGAGACGGCAGAGUACAACAGCCAGAUCACAGGCUCAUCCACAUGAUCCCUUUCCCAGGCUAUCCACAUUAGCCAUUGUUUAAAGUUGGCCCUUUUUUAUUUAUGCUUAACUCUUUUUCUUUCUUUUUUUACUUAAUAAUAGUAAUAAUAAUAAUAAUAAUAAUAAUAAUAAUAAUAAUAAAUAACUCAUUAGGCCUUCUUGCUUUGGUAACCUUUUUCUCAAAGUUUUUAUUUAUUUGGUGCUGACAUACAGUAUAAAGGCCAUGGGUGACACGAUGACCACAUGAUGACCAUAGUAUUGUAGAGAGAUACAUUGAUUUAGUUGUACCUCUCUGCUCUUACUGAAAUUCCAUUGCAUGAACUGAUAGUCUUCAUAUGUUUUACACAUGUAAUGGAACAAAUAAUAUUUGAUGCCUCUGCAUCUUCAGAUAUUUUUUUUCAGUAUCUUCAGCAAAUGGUGGCAGCAAAACAUCUCAAUUUCCCCCUGUUUAUGUUUUUUUUAAUCUAUUUGAAAAUUAUUCUUUAUUGAAGGUACUAUAAGAGAUACUACAGAACGAAGUACAAAUUCUGCAUCCGGGAGCAAAAUUUUACAUUUUAAUAUCUAAUAUAUGAAUGAGAUGCCCUUAAAUGUCCUUAUUUUGAAAACAUGAAACCAUGUACUUGUUGUUUAUAGAAUACAGGUAAGUGUUUCUUUCUAUGUUCAGAAGAUAACACUUAAGAAGACCGGUAGUUUGGUUUAGCUCUGCCCAUGAAGAAUUUUAGUCCUUAUAGGUUUAUGAUGAAAGGGAGGCUUAAUGAACUCCCAAAACGGUUUGAGAUACCGUUUAUAAAGAUUGUUUUUAUCUUAUGAUUAUUAGCAUUUCUGUGAUUUGAACCAAUGAGAUUUGCUAUGAAAAGCAAAGUUUAGUCAAGUGAGUGAUUGAAAACUCCUUUUAACCACACAUUUUGGGGCUCAUUAAAUGCUGCUCUAUCCCCCUCCCCAGUUACUAGUAGGUACAAAAAGUAACUUUAACAUGUAAUACAAUGAUAAUAUAUUCAUAAAUCAUGUGAAAGCCUAAAACAAAGGUAUAUAGGUACUUCAUGGAUUCCAUAAAUUAUAUACUUCUCUGUAUUGUCAUCAUUAUUUUUGUUGCAAAUGCAUAUUGAUACAUAACUGCUUUUCCCAAGCAUGAAGUCUAAUGAAUAACAGUGGGCUGUGUUUAUUCAUUUGUCCUUAAAUUUGAUUUAUACGUGUUACACCUUUUCUUUACAAACUCGGUUUUUGGCAGGUUUGUUUGCCAAACUGAUUUGGAGAUAAAUAAUUUGUGCUUUUAAUUAUUAAUCAAAUUUAAGGGCAAAGGGUGAUUGAAUCUCAGCCAUUGUCAUGAAGUGUAUACAAUCCUAUUUAAUCCAUACUGUAUGUGCAAUCUAAUACAUUUAUAGGCCCUUUCCUCUGCUGCCAUGACAAUCAGGUGCUGUGGGAGAUACUUUCAUAUUCUGAGAGCAUUGUCUUUUUGUCUCACUUAUUUAUUUUAUCAGGCUUAUUUCUUCACAAAUGGAAUGAUGCAGUAAUCCAAUGUUGACAGUCCUGCAAGGCUUGUUACAGCAGUGCUGAACAUUAUUGCUUUACUGAAAGCAACAAAACACUGUGGGUCUUAUGUGCAGGCAUGUUUUGCGAUUGUCAUUUUUUAAGGCAAGAACUGAUUUUAAUGUGUCUCACUGAAUUGCUAUAUUGUACAUAUAUUUGUGCGCUCUUUUACUAGUUAAGCUAGUAAUCAAGCAAUUAAUGCCAUUAGCUUUUGCGUUCUGCAUUUAAUUUCUAUUAAAUGUGCAUUAUGUUUUUUUACUGCACGGUAAGUACUGAGAUGUUAUUAAAGAUGUAUAUAUCUAUAUAUAGUUUCAAAAACUAAAUCUUGAAUUUGUUUUAAAACAAGUUUCCCCUCAUUCAAUGAAAUGCACUCUAUGUACUAAUGCAUAAUUGUGCAGUUUGACAUGGAAGAUUACAAAGCCAUGUCUAACCAUAAAAUCCACAGUUUUUGGUAAAUCCGAAUUAAUGUAUAUCUUAUUUUUAAACAGAAAUAUAUGUAUGUUAUUUGUUCUCUGGGUUUAAAACCUGCCAAGACUGUUUCGUAUCACUGUUCUUUUAUGUGAAUUGAGCUUUGUACUGUACAUGUAAUUUCAUUAAAUGAGUGCAUGUUCUUUUUUUAUUCAGAAAGUUUUAUAAUCUAAUGAGUGUCUUCAAUUCUGGAGAAAAGUGGCAUUGUUGUUUUUGUAUAUAGGGCAUCGCAGUGCAUGGAAUAGCUUAUGCAUUUUAUUAAAUGCUGUAAAAAUGUGGAGUUACAACAUUGUGGCUAAAAUACUACUACCAUACAGAGCAGUUUAUAUAAUUAAAUUACAUAAUGCAAUUAAAUGCCUGUUUCCUUGUUAAGUUUACUUGGUUCAGUGUGAAAAGGAAAAAAGUAAGAAGAUGUGGUCAAUGAAUGAAGUGUUUUUCUUUUCUAUAGAUGGAGUCAUUUUUAUAAAAUUGUUUGUAUUAGAACCUCAGCUGUGUCGAAUGUGGAUCUAUAACCUUUUGACCUUUUUAAGUACGAUUUCUGAAGCCCUUCCUUUGCUUGUUUAAAAUGGAAUAAAUAAGGAAAUAUGUGAA